ACAGAGACUGAGCUGAGAAUAAAGGAGAUCCUGGGGAAACUAGACCAGCUGAUCCCACCCAGACCCUUCACCCAUGAGGACACCACCACCAGUGCCACACACAGCACAGUCAYCMUCCUCAACCCUAGAGACACMUACUGCAGGGGGGACCAGCUGGAYAUYCUGCUGGAGGCCAGGGACCACCUGGGACGCAGGAAGGAAUAUGGAGGGGACUUYYUSAGGGCCAGGAUGUCCUCCCCAGCCCUGAARGCAGGHGCYUCAGGAAAGGUGAYRGACUUCCACAAUGGCACCUACCUUGUCAGCUUCACUCUGUUCUGGGAGGGCCAGGUCUCCCUGUCUCUCCUGCUCAUCCACCCCAGUGAAGGGGUGUCAGCUCUCUGGAGGGCAAGGAACCAAGGCUAUGACAGAGUGAUCUUCACAGGCCAGUUUGCUAAUGGCACCACCCUGGUCCUCUCUGAAUGUGGCCUGGUCCUAAACACCACUGCUGAGUUGUGCCAGUACCUGGAUGUGCGAGACCAGGAAGCCUUCUACUGCCUGAGGCCUCAGCAUGUUCCCUGUGAGGCCCUGACUCUCAUGAACACCAAGAAUAGAAAAGUUUCCUAUCUUACCAAGGAAGAAUGGAAGCUCUUCCACAGUUCCAAAAUAGGAGUUGAAAUGAUGAAGAACUUCAACUCCAUCAAGGUGUUGCCAUGUAACAAGAGUGAAAACAUAAAAAAGAAAUGUCAGAUUGGAAUGAAGAAUCCCUCCCCCAGUGGUUACACGUUGGAGAGGAGUUGGAUUUCAGCAUUUUGCAAACAGAUCAAGUUCAAUACAAUGCAAGAUAUAAGUGACUGCUUGAAAAUGAAAUUUAUUUACCUCCUGGGAGACUCAACACUGCGUCAGUGGAUGAAUUAUUUUCUAAAAGUUGUGAAAACCUUAAAAUAUUUUGAUCAUCYAGGAACCGGGUUCUUUAAAACACAUGUUCUUCUGGAUAUCGAAAGAAAAAUCUUGAUUCAGUGGAAAAAACAUAGUCAUCCAUUUGUUACUGAAAGGCUGUACUCUGUGAGAAAUGAAAAGUAUAUCCAAYAGGAAAUUGACCAAGUGCCAGGGGACAUUGACAUGGUAAUUGUCAUUACCCUUGGCCAACACUUCAGACCCUUUCCCAUCAACAUUUUUAUCCGUAGGGCCAUCAAUAUUCAAAAAGCCAUUAAACGUUUAUUUUUGAGAAGCCCAGGGACCAAAGUGAUUCUUAAAACUGAAAACACCAGGGAGAUACAUGAAAAUACUGAGAUGUUUAGUGACUUUCAUGGCUAUAUUCAGAAUCUUAUCAUGAAGGAUAUUUUUGUGGAUCUCAAUGUGGGUAUUAUUGAUGCUUGGGACAUGACAAUUGCAUAUUCCACUAAUAAUAUCCACCCACCUGAUUAUGUUAUUGAAAAUCAGAUUGGCAUGUUUUUAAACUACAUUUGCUAG